CCCGCGGCAGCCGCUGCCCCUCCUCCCGUUCCGGCUAUCCCCGCCGCCGCAGCUUUCUGGGCUGAGUCCGCCCGCGGUCCCACCGGCGGCAGGUGUGUUCACCCUGCCUGCGUCCGCCGCGGCCGUAGCUGCCCCGGGCUUCCCGCCCCGCUGCCGAGAUGGCGACGCGCUCCUGCCGGGAGAAGGCUCAGAAGCUGAACGAGCAGCACCAGCUCAUCCUGUCCAAGCUACUGAGGGAGGAGGACAACAAGUACUGCGCCGACUGCGAAGCCAAAGGUCCCCGAUGGGCUUCCUGGAAUAUUGGUGUGUUUAUUUGCAUCAGAUGUGCUGGAAUUCAUAGAAAUCUUGGGGUUCAUAUAUCCAGGGUCAAGUCAGUUAACCUAGACCAAUGGACACCAGAACAGAUACAGUGCAUGCAAGAUAUGGGAAAUACUAAAGCAAGACUACUGUACGAAGCCAAUCUUCCAGAGAACUUUCGAAGACCACAGACAGAUCAAGCAGUGGAAUUUUUCAUCAGAGAUAAAUAUGAGAAGAAGAAAUACUACGAUAAAAAUGCUAUAGCUAUUACAAAUAUUUCCUCCUCUGAUGCUCCUCUUCAGCCUUUGGUAUCCUCUCCUUCUCUGCAAGCUGCUGUUGAGAAAAACAAAUUUGAGGUAUGGUACUGUUUUAGUCAGCCGCAUUAUGUAAUGGUCAAUGCUUUAAAGCUUCAGAAGAAAGAAGAUCAGCAAUUGGAGCCUAAAAAAAGUACUAGUCCUAAAAAAGCUGCAGAGCCCACUGUUGAUCUUUUAGGACUUGAUGGCCCUGCUGAGACACUGGUGACCAAUGGGAACACAACCACGGUGCCAACCCUGAAUGAUGAUUUGGACAUCUUUGGACCAAUGAUUUCUAAUCCCUUACCUGCAACUGUCAUGCCUCCAGCUCAGGGGACGUCCUCUGUACCAGCAGCUGCCACCCUGUCUACAGUAACAUCUGGGGAUCUGGAUCUAUUCACUGAGCAAGCUACCAAAUCAGAAGAAGUGGUGAAGAAACAGCUCUCCAAAGACUCCAUCUUAUCUCUGUAUGGUACAGGAAACAUUCAACAGCAAAGUACUCCUGGUGUGUUUAUGGGACCCACAAAUAUACCAUUUACCUCACAAGCACCAACUGCAUUUCAAGGUUUUCCAUCAAUGGGUGUGCCUGUGCCUGCAGCUCCUGGCCUUAUAGGAAAUGUGAUGGGACAGAGUGCAAGCAUGAUGGUGGGCAUGCCCAUGCCCAAUGGGUUUAUGGGAAAUGCACAAACUGGUGUGAUGCCAUUGCCUCAAAAUGUUGGCCCACAAGGAGGAAUGGUGGGACAGAUGGGAGCAUCCCAGAGUAAGUUUGGCCUGACGCAAGCUCAACAGCCCCAGUGGAGCCUCACACAGAUGAAUCAGCAAAUGGCUGGCAUGAGUAUCAAUACUGCAAACCCUACAGUGGGUUUUGGCCAGCCCUCCAGCACAACAGCAGGAUGGUCUGGAAGCUCAUCGGGUCAGACUCUCAGCACACAACUGUGGAAAUGAGAACUGCAAUACAAGUUUCAUCCAGAACUACCACCUGACAUUCCUUGCUAAAAUGCAUCUAGUUCCCCUGUUUAUUCAUGUACAUAUAUUUUUUUCUUUUUUCCCAUUUGUUCAUAUUAAGAAUUAUCUGAUUGACCGUGUUGGUCUGUACUGGUUAAAUUUGAUGUGGUGAAAGCAGGCUGAGAAACCAUUUUAUGUCAAGGGCAGCCUUUGCUCAUAUUUCCCAUGAUUUCAUAAACCACAUUAUUUGAGAAGCUGCUCAGUCAACUUGCAUAAUCAGUUUUACUCUCAAAAUUAUAGCUCU